GUCCUCAGCCUCGAGUCAACUCAACUACCAAUUGCUCUUCUCCUUGAAUACUGGCCGUCAGUUUUCUUCCCUCCCUCAAACCUCCAGCUCUGGCGCCGGUUCCAUGCUCUGAUGGCGGCCGAUUUAGCGCGCUUCUCUCUGUGCUCUCAGCAGAGGCCAUUCUUUCACUCCGCUUCCAAAUUUAAUGCUUCUUUGUUUGACUCAAGGCCUGGAUUUCUCCCCAUACGGCAUCGUCCUCAGACUCAACUACGGAAACAGUAUCUACACCAUUUUGGAAGAUGCUUGGGGCAUCGUUUCGUUGUUUCAAAUUCCCUUGGUGCCGAACCUCGAGCACUGAACACGUUGUUUCAACAGGAGCGGCGCGAUGAGUUUUCGAUUCUUCUUGAUGUCUCUGGAAUGAUGUGCGGCGCGUGUGUCUCUCGUGUCAAAUCGAUUCUCUCGUCCGACGACCGAGUUGACUCUGUGGUGGUUAAUAUGUUGACUGAGACAGCGGCAAUUCGGUUAAGAUCGAGUGAAGUUGUUGCGGAGGCUGAUUCGGCCGUGAAUGUGGCGGAGAGUUUGGCGCGGAGAUUGACGGAUUGUGGUUUUCCGACGAGUUUGAGGAACUCGGAGCUCGGAGUGGCGGAGAAUGUGAGGAAAUGGAAGGAUAUGGUUGAGAAGAAACGAAGAAUGCUGAUUAAGAGUCGGAAUCGGGUGGCUGUUGCUUGGACUUUGGUUGCCUUGUGCUGUGGCUCACACGCGUCGCAUAUCUUGCACCCUCUUGGGAUUCACAUUCACAACGGACCGCUGAUGGAGAUACUCCAUAACUCCUAUGUGAAGGGUUGUUUUGCUUUGGUUGCUCUUUUAGGACCAGGACGAGAACUUCUUUUUGAUGGUUUGAGAGCACUCAGGAAGGGAUCACCUAAUAUGAACUCUCUUGUGGGUUUUGGAGCAGUUGCUGCAUUUAUUAUCAGUGCGGUCUCACUUCUUAAUCCUGCGCUAGACUGGGAUGCUUCAUUUUUUGAUGAGCCGGUCAUGCUUCUUGCUUUUGUGCUGCUUGGGCGUACUCUGGAGGAAAGAGCAAGGGUUAAGGCCUCCAGUGAUAUGAAUGAACUUUUAUCAUUGAUCUCUUCUCAUUCACGACUUGUGAUAACUCCAUCAGAAGGAAAUUCAUCUACAAAUGACGUGCUUUGCUCAGAUGCAAUGUGCAUUAAGGUGUCGACUGAUGAUAUUCGGGUUGGAGACUCGGUUUUAGUUUUGCCAGGAGAGACUGUUCCUGUGGAUGGGAAAGUUCUUGCGGGAAGAAGUGUUGUAGAUGAAUCAAUGCUUACUGGAGAAUCUCUACCUGUAUUUAAGGAAGCAGGCCUUAUGGUCUCAGCUGGAACUGUGAACUGGGAUGGCCCUUUGAGAAUUGAAGCGUCUUCUACCGGCUUGAACUCAACAAUCUCCAAGAUUGUUAGAAUGGUUGAAGAUGCGCAAGGCCAUGAAGCACCUAUUCAAAGGCUUGCAGAUUCCAUAGCUGGGCCAUUUGUGUACACUGUAUUAACUCUCUCAGCGGCAACAUUUACAUUUUGGUACUGCUUUGGUACCCAUAUUUUUCCUGAUGUCUUGAUUAAUGAUAUCGCUGGACCAGAUGGAGAUCCCUUGCUUUUAAGCUUGAAACUUUCAGUGGAUGUCUUGGUAGUUUCUUGCCCAUGUGCACUUGGACUAGCCACUCCCACGGCAAUUCUUGUUGGCACUUCCCUAGGGGCUAGACGAGGACUUCUAAUAAGAGGAGGAGAUGUGUUGGAACGUCUUGCAAACAUAGAUUGUGUUGCUUUGGACAAGACAGGAACGCUUACUGAAGGAAAGCCUACCGUCUCUUCUGUGAUUUCUUUUGUUUAUGGAGAAGAAGAAAUACUUCAAGUCGCUGCUGCAGUGGAGAAAACUGCUUCACAUCCAAUUGCAAAAGCUAUCAUAGAUAAAGCAGAAUCUUUGAAUUUGACCAUUCCAGUCACAAGAGGGCAACUGGUAGAACCAGGCUUUGGAUCUUUUGCCAAUGUAAAUGGCCGACUAGUUGCUGUUGGUUCGUUAGAGUGGGUUAAUGAUCGAUUUGAGAAAAAAGCAAAUACAUCUGAUCUUAAAAAUCUCGAGCAUUCUGUGUAUCGGUCAUUAGAGGGGAUAUCGUCUUCAAAUAACUCAAAAACAGUUGUUUAUGUUGGAAGCGAAGGAGAGGGUAUAAUUGGUGCUAUUGUAAUAUCUGAUCAGUUGCGCUAUGAUGCUGAAUCCACUGUUAAUAGACUCCAGAAGAAGGGAAUCAGAACAGUCCUCUUAUCUGGAGACAGGGAAGAGGCAGUUGCAAGUGUAGCCAAGACAGUUGGAAUAGAGGAGGAGUUCGUUCACUCGUCUUUGACUCCUCAAGGCAAAUCUGACCUUAUUUCCACUCUGAAAACUGCUGGACAUCGAGUUGCAAUGGUUGGCGAUGGUAUAAAUGAUGCACCAUCUUUGGCCUCUUCCGAUGUUGGGAUUGCUCUGCAGCUUGAAUCCCAUGAAAAUGCUGCUUCGAAUGCCGCAUCCAUUUUACUUCUUGGAAAUAGAAUAUCUCAGCUUGUUGACGCAAUGGAACUAGCACAAGCAACAAUGUCUAAGGUGUAUCAGAAUUUGUCGUGGGCCAUAGCUUACAAUGCCGUUGCCAUUCCGAUUGCUGCUGGAGUGCUGCUCCCAGGAUUUGACUUUGCAAUGACUCCUUCCCUUUCAGGUGGGCUUAUGGCUCUAAGUUCAAUAUUCGUCGUCACCAACUCCUUACUUCUGCAGAUCCAUGCCCCCGGAGAUGCUAAAAAAUCUACCUGAUUGCCACACUAAAGAUGUUAAGUAGCUCCCAUUUUAUUAAAUUAUAGAGUCAAACUGGACAUCAAACGGGUCAGUUAAGUGCAUAUCCAUGACUCUUUGUGCUUUAAUUUCUUAUAACUCUGGACAAACCUGGAGGGAUCUCUCUCUCUCUCUCACACACACACACAAAUCCACAAUUUUUAAUAAUAUCAAUGAAUAAAACUCACGUGAUUUGAAAUAA